AUGACAAAGAUAGUCCCAUCUCGAGCCUCUAGAAGGAUCUCGCGGCUCACCCUCAACAUGUCUAUUCUCGAGCUCCUCGUGCUCGCCCUCGCUGGAACGGCUGUGGCCUCGCCUCCCCUCGGCAUCCGGGCCGUCUCCCCAGAUAACUCAUGUGGAAAGACUGGAAACGGAGGUAGCUCCAAGGCGUACACCUGCCCUACGAAUUUGCCAUGCUGUUCAGUCAAUGGCUGGUGCGGCUCUACUGACGCCUACUGCUUGCCCGCCAACGGUUGCCAGACCGGCUUUGGUACGUGUAAGGGAACGACGAGUAGCAAGGCCCCAGCGGCAGCAAGCAGCAGCAAAGCAUCAGUGAGCGCUAGCAAGGCACCAGUCAGCAGUCCCAGCAGCACCGCAGUGGCAGUCAACGUCUCUCCCGAUAACUCGUGCGGAAAGACUGGUAACGGGGGUAGCGCGGCGGGUUACUCUUGCCCGACGGAUCUGCCCUGCUGCUCCGUCAACGGCUGGUGCGGUUCGACCAACGACUAUUGUCUGGCGACCAAUGGCUGCCAGACUGGGUUCGGUACUUGCACAAACGACGGCAGCCCGCCGGCAGGCGGUGGUGACGGCGGAGACUCCGGGUCAGGGGUCUGCGGCCCGGAUAACGGGAACGCCAAGUGCGCCGCGAACGAGUGCUGCUCUGCUGCAGGAUUCUGCGGAACAACUGCCGAGCACUGCAAGGCUCCCGACUGCUUGUUCCAGUAUGGCCCGGCAUGCGACGCCAAUAAGAUUCCUCCUGGUCAGAACACCUCCAGCAUUGCCCGUCCCAAGCUCGGCUCGGUCGAGUAUGGCGGUCCUGGUGUAUACAGCUGCGUUAAGCCCGGUGACGUUGCCCUAACUUAUGACGAUGGCCCGGCCGCGUACACAAACGACCUGUUGGAUCUCUUGAAGAAGUACAAUGCCUCGGCCACAUUCAUGAUCACUGGCAUCAACAAUGCAAAGGGUGAAAUCGACAAUACCACUUUCCCCUGGGCCAACACCAUCAAGCGCAUGUACUCCGAAGGCCACCAAAUUGCCAGCCACACUUGGUCUCACGCUGAUCUGUGCACCAUCACCUCGGCGCAGCGCAAGGAUGAGAUGUACAAACUCGAGAUGGCUGUCCGUAACAUCAUCGGCGUCUUCCCUACUUACAUGAGACCCCCUUACUCCUCCUGCACAGCCGCCUGCGGCUGCGAGCGCGACAUGAAGGCACUCGGCUACUCCAUCAUCUACUUCGACCUCGACACCGCCGACUACCUCCACGACAGCGCCACGGAGAUCCAGCAGUCCAAGGACAUUGUCACCCAGGCCAUCGCCGCCAAGCCUGCGGCCAGCGACAACUUCCUCGUCAUUGGCCACGACAUCCACUACCAGACCGUUUACAACCUCACAGAGUUCACGCUUCAAAAGUUCAAGGGCAAGAACAUGGUCACCAUUGGCGAGUGCCUCGGCGAUCCCAAAGCCAACUGGUACCGAACGGAUGCGCGCACCACCCUUGGCUAA